CUUUUCAGCCCCACCAAAAUGUCGACCAUGCUCAGUCGGGCUCUACGCUCCCCACUACGGCCGCUCUGCCGGCGCUUCCACCACCCAACUUCAUUGGGACCGUCGGCUUCGGCGUUCGAGCCUCCACACGCAAACUUGGUGCCGAUUGUGAUUGAGCAGACGGGGCGGGGCGAGCGUUCAUACGACAUCUUCUCGCGGCUGCUACGAGAGCGCGUUAUCAUGCUUUAUGGCCCUAUUCGGGACACAGACUCGACACUAACAGUCGCACAACUGCUCUUCCUCGAGGCAGAGGACACUAGCAAGCCUAUUCAUCUCUACAUAAACUCGCCUGGUGGGAGUGUUACUGCCGGGCUAGCGAUAUAUGACACCAUGCAGUACGUCUCUGCACCAAUACACACCUACUGCAUCGGACAGGCUGCCAGCAUGGGCUCCCUGCUGUUGUCUGCCGGUGCGCCUGGGAAGAGACAUUGUCUCCCGAAUGCGAGCAUAAUGAUCCAUCAACCCUCGGGCGGGGCCUCUGGACAAGCCUCCGACAUUGCUAUCCACGCUAAAGAAAUUCUUCGAAUUCGUGCAUUGCUCACAGGUAUAUACCAAAAACACUGCGCCCGUGCGGGCGAGGAUGCUGCCGCCGGUCUCAAGCGCUUCGGCGAGGCGCUGGAACGCGACUACUUUAUGACAGCUCAGGAGGCGCUCGAGUUCGGGAUCGUCGACGCGAUAUUGGAGCGCAGUCCCAAGGCGGCUGCGGAAGUGGAUUAG